AGAGAGAGAGAGAGAGAGGUCAGUUUCGAAGCCGGAGGGAAACGGAAACGGUGGAACGAGUCGAAACUCGAGGAGGAUAGCUAUAAGGGAAGAUGCCAGAGGCGAAAGUGCAACCGAAAAGCAGGAAGCAGAGAAAGAGAGAGAGAGAGGUAGGAUAGGGAAGAAAAGGACAGCAGAGGUCCUUGAAUGGCCCGUGCGUUCUCAUGGACGAUUCGAUACGAAUAAAAGCAAUAAGACCCCUAAAAGAUCUCCAUUGGAUAAACUUUUAUUCGCAUUACGAGUCGAGACCUCGAUUCGCACGGGUCGGAGAAUUACACAUCUUCCCUUCGUCCUCCUUCGGCCGUCCGCUACGUGAAUUACGAGUCUCUCAACUCUUUCCGUCGUGCAUUAAGAGAGUGCGUAAUAGUAUUCGCCUAGCUGGCCUUGUUUUCCCAUCUCUGUUCCCUCAAUCUUCUCGUAUGCAUUUUUAAGCGGUGACCGAGGGGAAUGGGUUUUUCAUUCAAUUGCGCGCCGGGAAAGCGCGUAUAUUUUCACGUAAACUCUCUAUAUUUCACGCGCGAAAUCACUGACGUGUCAGUUAAUUUGUCAUACACACCGGCGGAACUUUAUUACGGCAGAUUUCUCGGGUGAUUUGGAGUUUGUCAGGUAUUCGGCGAAUGCAAAUGCGCGGGCGUGUUUGUGCGCGGCGAAUUUUACUGCGUUGUCAUGCAGAGUUAGAACAUUGUCACGUAGUUAUACACGUUAUCCGCGAUGAUGCGACCCCCCGCAGUCUUUGACUUCAAAUGGUGGAAUAUUCGUCGUAGAGCGCUUAUAGAAGAAUACGCGUACCCACAUCCCACGCGGAAUUCGCAUUAAGGUCCAUGGCACACGAAGAAACUUGGGCAGGAAGAGAAUUAGCCAAUGACAGAGGGUCGAGAAUACAAGAUCAUAAUAUCCUUACUGCAUUGAGUUUUUCUGUGUGCAACUGUGCAAUGUCCUUAAAACAUCGUCAGCGAUGUGAAAUUCAAUUCGAGCUCGUUCGACCCGCUCGUAUUUUGUUCAUCCUCAAUCUUUCUGUCACACGCGCUGUCCAAAUCUCACAAAAUUUCCACGUAAAACGUUCGCGCGCCUCAACGGUGGCGAAAAAAAUUACGGCGUUAGCCGCGAAAGUGUGUCGAGCUAAUUUUCGGUACAUUUCUCCCGCGGGUUUCUCUUAAACGCACUGUUUUUCCGCUCGAGGAUCGUUAAAGCUAGUAUAAUUUAAUAAUUAAGCAUACCGGAAACGCUUGCUCAUCAUUGUGCCGAGCGCCGGGAAAGUCUGACGGAAACGGGGAGCAAAAAAUAGCGGCGGUGAUAAGAUGCCUUUGCAAAGAAUUAAAUACGCUUUGGCUCAUUUAUCGCGCAAGGAACACAUCGCGCUGCUGGCGCGUCCUAACUGGAGAAGACUUCGCAGAACCGAUCCAAAUGUCCUGGCGCGUCCUUUUGCAGUUCGGCGCGCGGCGAUUCGCAGGGGCCGCGCCUCGAAGCGCAUCCGGGUUAUGGCGCAACCGAAAUUCGUAACCAAGAAAUACGAUCCCGCAGCGGCGCCGCCCCCUUACCCGCGCAUCCACCCCAAGACGCUCGCAGCGAGGAGCACCAAGCGUAUCGUCGAUCUGGCAUUGCCCAAGAGAAGACUUCUGCUGGAGACGAUGAAAUUGGCAGCUACCAAAAACAUGAAGGCAACCGUGAGUGAUCUGCUGCUGAAGGUUCGAAGGUCGCGGUACCAGCGGUAUCGCGUAUUCUGCAACGCUCGUCAGGAACGAGAAGCCAGGAAAAAGAGAAAACGAAUGGCGAAACUGCGCAGAGCUUUCACAAAACCGGAAGACUGGCAAAGGCACAUGCGGGUUCUGGAAAGACUGGCUGCGCCCAAAGUCGCCGCGAAACCCAAAAGGAGGAAGCCCACUAAGAGAAGGAAGAAGAGACCGCUCGACUGGGAACGACUGUACUUCCUAGCGUUACCACAGAUCCGGCAUGCGCCCAAGGCAAAGGACCCGUUAGAGAUGAUGUCGCGCGCGCUCACCUAUCGCAUCACCAAGCGAAUAGAGAGCCUCGCGGUUCGAAGGAAACUUCCGGAGAUGCCGUUGCGAAUACCAGGCGCCGUUUCGCCGGCCGCGACGAAAGCCAUCGGUAGUAUAGAGCACACGCAUUACGAACGUUAUCAUCGCGAUCCUUCCGCUUCGAUUUCUCCGCUCGAUGCGCGAAGGAAUCGUCGUCAUCGAUCGCCGGCGGAGGCAGCAACAUUUUCCUCGUCGCCUAUACUCGUAUAUCGGCUCCCCGCACCAAUACUGUUACCAAUACUAUUGGAUGUCGUAAGUAAGCUCAUACGCGGGGUGUCCCAGCGGACAUCUUCCCGUCGAGAUUCAACGUGAACUCUCGCUGGAUUUUUCCUUGACGAACGUUUCGUGAGAGAAGUCACGUUUUAUAUCUCGUUAGGAAUUUUUAAAUAUAAAUUUUAACCGGAAUACUUGUGCCGAGAAUCGAGCGUUGAAUUAAAAUACCGUUAUAUUUAUGUCCCGUUGAGAUUAACUGCGAGGAGAGCAGUUUGCAUUUAUGAUGUGAAAAAACGAUCGCAUUUCUUAAUAUCAUCUAUAGGGUAGAAAAUUUCAUUAUUAAAAUAGCUGUUAUUUUCCUUUACGUGUGAUCCCUAUGUUAUACAAUGGAAGAUUGCGUAUCGUAUCUCGCGGUGAUUCUGGGACACCCUACGUAGCAGAUCCGUGAUUUCCGUCGACCCCCCACACCCCCUCCCGCCGCUACGCCAAGAAAGACGACGGAUUUGCUCGUCGGUGGUUGCGACUGUUCAAUAGCUUGUGUAACAUCGGGAUUCCGCAAAGAAUAUUUCACAUGUUGCGGAAUAAAAAUAAAAUUGCUCUAUAUUUUUUAACAAUCGUAACAAGCUCGCUCGCUCGCGUGCGCGCCUUUCAGCAGUUUCAGCAACCAUCGAGCAUCGAUGAAAAAUAAAUCGCGGCCAAAUUACGAUUUCGGUAACGUCGAUGGGGCGAAAAUGUUAUUUUAUACGGGCACGUUAAUUGGACAGAGAUUCGGCAAAAAAAAUGCACGGAAUUAAUAGAAUUUCUCACGUACGGUGUGUACCUCCGGUAAUCGAUCGACAUCGAAUAUUCCGCUAUUAGUUUCGGAUAUCACUCGUGAUAUAAUGCAGAAUUCGCGUUAUCUUUCCGUUCAACCAUAACUGCGAGGUAACGAUUUUGUAGCGUUUGAUAUGGACACAGGAGAGAUAAACGGGACACGAUCUACACAUUAAGCCCGCGGCACACGAAACGUGUUUUGUUGCCGAUCUGCCAGCAAUGCCGCGCUAUGCUUACUGUGCUGCUCGAUGCAGACUAUCCAGCCCGCAGCGCUAUUUCGAACCGUAAUGUUAGCGGGUCACUCUCUCCCCGCUAUUGUAAUUAUUUAAUGAGGACGUCGCUCACCGUGACAUCGCCGUUUGUAUUCCGAUGCUAUUUCUCACUCGAUCGUUCUCCUUACGGUUACGUUCCCUCACGCAUUUUUUAUCUCGACGCAACCUGUUUCCGUGUAGAGAUACACGAGUGUAUUUUAUUACAUAUUUUCUUUACAGCUUUUAUUUUUAUUAAUAUUUUGUUUUAUUAAUCGUUUUCCGAUUGGACCUUCCACUUGCAAUUUUUUCCUUUUUUUUUUUACAUUAGAUAUUCGUUACGUUUUAUUACCGUUUUAUUCAUUUUCUUUCGUUCACGUUCAUCUUUUGCUACUCCAGUCGUAUCGUGUCCCAAGAGCAUAAGAGAGCACUCGAAUCCCAAGGCACGAAAUAAAUUACAUUUAUCCGUCAAUCUUUCGCACAAUUCAGCCAUUUUAGUUUUCACUUUGCCUUCUACAUAUAUCGCGUCCUGCUGCCGCACGGUUACUCGACCGCUUCUGAUUAAACGACGUCUUCUUCCACCCUAUCGAUCGACGGUCGGCCGUGCGACAGUAGAUUAAUUUUCCUUUGAACCGUCGUCACGGCAAAGGGACGCGGCAGAAAUGUAAACAAACCCAGUCUUAAGUCUUAAGUGAUUCAAAAGUCGAGUGAAUGUGUAUCAAGGGCAAUUGAAGAUCUCUCUCUCUCUCUCUCUCUCUCUCUCUCUCUCUCUUUAACUUAAGUUUGAAUUACUCGACCAUCGCUUGGCGUGCCUCCGUCGCAUCCAACUUUCUCUGCGACAUAUUCCUAAGGAGGUGGUGCCUUCUCAGUUUCUCUUUGGGCUGUCGUCGAGCGUAACCAACGUCCCUCGUCGCCGACGUGGAAUUUAAUUUCGCGCGCGAGACGUUGCUUGAUACAAAACGUGCAAGUGCAUCGAGUCCUUCGGUGAUAAUGGAAAGGUGCGCGGUAUACAAGCCUCUUCCGAAGAGACGGCCGGUUUUAAUUUUCGCGUAUAAUCGCGCGCGCGACGACGACGAGUCAGCCGGCGCACAACGUUUCCCCAUUGAAAUCCGUCUGUAAUAAAAUACGAGAUAUGGGAGAGCGUAGCGGAACGAUCGCGCGCAACUUUCACGAUAUAUCUCACACGCGCUGUGCGCCGUUUUAUGAAGUAAAAGACGUAAAUCAAAAUAUACAUUUUACUUUUCGCGUUGAGAGGCGAAAGAAGAUUAAAAUAUUAAAUAAACAAAUUUUUAGCCGCGGUUAAUAUUUUUGAAAGAAUUUUUCACGCGCGCUCAUGUUUGUCGCCAUUUUGAAAGAGAUGACUUUUUUUGAAAAAAAAAAAGUGGAAUAUAUUAUGAAAUGUUGUAAAGCAUUUUGUAAAAUAUUUUCAGAGAUAAUUUACGCGUGAAUUAAUGAGUUUUCUCUCUUCUUUCUCUUUGUCUCUCCUCACAGCCUUUGCUUCAUUUGAAUUUUAUUUAUUUACGAAUGACCAUAAUCGCGAUUGAGUUAAUUGACGCUGGCAUAAACAUGAUGUAUGUUUAGAAAUUUAAUCCAUAUUGCCGUUACGCACACAGCCGUGUAAUAAAGCUAGCGCAACCAACUAAUCAAACAAAUAUCAUACGGCUGUGGUUUGUGUACAAAAUGAAAUUCGAGCGAGAUUAUGGUUGCCGCGAGAGAGGAGCGCGCGAAAUAAUUUGUUUCAUAACGCGGCGCAGUUAGUCUUGCCUCUCGCGCACUUAAGCCCGUUGAUAAGAAUAAGCCGGCGGAAAACCGAUGUUAAUGGAUAGGAUUGGAGACGGUAGUAGGGUAUAACGUUUAAUGCCGUAGCUUCCAAGAGAAUAAUCGCUCUGGCGAAGCCAGCCCAGCGUCCGGCGGGCAGAGAAACGGAUCUCCGAGAGGAUGCUUUCACCGUGUCGCCGGCGGCGUUAAAGGCGAGAUGCACCAAACGUCUCAAAAGUCUCGCCAAGCCGAAGACCUAUCCGAUGCCCAAGUUCAAGAGAUUGAGAACCGCCCUCAAACGUUGAAACGGCCAAAAGUGUGUGUGAGAGAGAGAGAGAGAGAGAGAGAGAGCUGGGUGUGUGUACGUGUGCAUCAGCCUUAAUCCUCGCGGGACUUGUGUCGCCCGUGUACAUAGUGCGCUCAUUAAAAAUUCACGCUAUUUGUCGCACUUUCCGUACUUAAAUUUGCAAGUGACAGCGAGUGACGACGCGAAUUCGUAAUUGUCCAUUGUUAAAUUGUAUAUACCGUUAACUGUAAUAAAUGGCAGCGUUUAGAAAACAAAAAGCACGACGAUCAUUCGUAUAGUAGAGAAAUCUAAUAACUUGAAUACCGGGGUAACCUGAAUACCUGUGCGUUUUCGUUUAAUGGAAUUCCGGUUGUAUGGUCGUGUUGUGAGGUCGUGUCGAAUAUUACCAGAAUGAUAAUCCUGGGCGCGAGAUAAUCGGAGUACGCGCCUCGUUAUUAGCACGCUUUUGCUCGGUUCGAUGUAUUCGCGGGAUACGCGAGGUAUAACACGCGUGUUAUUUCGUAGCGUACGCUACGAUUCAUCGUACGAUUCAGCGCGCACGAUGCAAUAUAUCAAAAAGCAGAUGCGGGCCUGUCGCGUUGCAUUAUGCGAGCGUUGGCGG